AUCAAAACAUGAAACAAAAAAAAACCGGGCGGUCGAACAUAAAUAAAAUUGUUUAGCAGCAGAGUUCGCUUCUAAGUUCAUUUAUGAAAUUUUUGCUGUAUUAAUAAAACUUCGCGUAAUAAUUGAACCAAAUUUUCAAGGAAAAUGAGCUCGUCUAAAUAUUCCAGUGGUAGAAAUCCAAUGAAACAAAUAGGUAACAAAAAUGUAGGCUACAGGGUGGACAUACUUAAGUGGAGCGAAAAGAUGGACCUGUUGGCCAUUGGAAACGACAAAGGAGAAGUUAUACUGCAUCGUCUGAAAUGGCAAAAGGUGUGGCAAUUGCCUCCACCGGAAGAGGGCUUACUAGUUCGUGGAAUAGCUUGGAGACCGCUGGAGAAGGUGAUGGCAAUUGCUUACAGUAAUGGGACCGUUAUAUUGAUUAACAUCGAAAAUAAAGAAGAAAUCUACAACUUCAAUGUCAAAUCGGACAUAACUUGUAUGAACUGGACGGAGAACAGCAAAGAAGUUUCAGUCAAUGAUACCAGUGGAGAUGCAAUUAAUAAUUAUACUACAUUCCUACCUCCGCUGCCAAGUUUGAAUUCGCUCUCGUCGACGGCUAAGUCAUGUGAAUACAACACUCUGAAGUUCUACUCGAAGCAGAUUCUCAACCUUUUGAUCAUAGGCAGUUCUAAUGGACACGUUAACUUGUCCGUAUUUGGGAUGUUAUCUUGCUGUGAAUUGGAUGUGUUUCAGACUCUAAAAAUUCACCCAGAUGAGGGUACUAUUAAGGAAGCGAAAAUGAGUUCAAACUUCAAGCAACUGUUCGUGGUCGUUCAAAGGGGCGGAUGGCUUGAAUUGGUUGUCUUUGAAAACGAUAUUCUGCAGCGAUAUUCGACUUCGCUGUUGAAUCUGGCCAUCAAGCACGCACAUAUUCUGGGAACGAUGACCUACAUCAGCGACACUAUUGAGUGUAUUGUCGAGGCUUGGGAAACCGUGUUGUUGGAAAUGGACAACAAGUUGACGAAAUACGCCAACAGUCAAACUGAAGGAUCGAUAUCCGCUGAUUUUCUUGAAUUGCUUAUGUUUGGAAGCACUUCCCCAGCUCUGGAGCAAUUUCUGCUGAGGGAUUUGACAGAAAAGGGACUGAAAAAGCUGGGGAACAGCAUCGAGUUGAGUUACUCCACCAUACAAAAAUUGGUGGUUAAGCCACUUCACACGGCAAUUAGCAGCGUCUUUUACCAUCUGAAUUCCUUACAAGGUAUGAUAAGCAACGCUUAUUAUUACAAACCAUUACUGGGAGAUGUUACAAACGAAGCACUGAUCAACUGCGGGUCUUUCUUGAUCAAAGCUUAUGAGUUGCAACAAACGAUCGAUACUUCCACGAGAGAUUUUAAAAUCUUUUUCCGUUGGUUGUAUAUAGUGAUCGUACGGUUAAUGGAUGAAACUCUGUCUGAAGACAGUUCUUCCGUUACGCAACAGGAGAUCAACUAUUUGGCGGAGUUUCUAAAUAACUUCGACGCAAACUAUCAUGAAAGCAUGGAAGAGGAAAAUUCAAUUUCGGAACACAAGAAGCGCAAGUUCAAUUUAGAACGUGUUGGUCAGUACCUUGAGGACAAGCCGCUUGUGUUCCCACCCAAGGAAGACGUCUCCAACCAGUGGACCAAACUCCAAGAAGAAAACGAGUGCCUGAAAGCUUGUCCACUGAUUUUCCCUCACAACGAAAACAGCUCUCUCGUCCAACAGCACCAUCAACUGAAGAGUAGCAUCGAGCGGAUCUUCGAAAAACCUGUGUCGGUGAUCGGUCAAGAUUUUAAACAGAAGAGCAUGCUCUCGCUAAGAAACGAUUCAUUGGACGACUUCCAGCAAACUGUCACCCAAAUGAAUGUGGAAGAUUGCAACGUGUCGCUCUUUGCCAUGCUCGACUCCGACAACAGUCUCGUCAUAACGGAAUGCAAUCCAUCGUCAAUGAUUCGUUCGGUGCGGCUACGUUUUCAGGAGAAGCCCUAUUUUGAUGCCCGUUUGUCGGCCUUGGGGGAUCUAACGUUCAAGCACAUCCAGUUCUACAACCGGGAAACACUUUCUGUUUUGCUGCGAGCGCGAACUAGCGAAGGUCGUUCCAGUAGUUACUUCAUGCAGCUUCCGCUGGACCGGAUCUGGGAACUACUGGAAGCGGUUCCAUUCGUCAGCAAUCAGAUAGUAUCCGAUGCGAAUGGCGGUGGAAGUUGCUGUCGAGUAGUGAAUGCCUACACACUCAUAGAGGAAGGCUUGUUGAAGCUUUUGGAAGGCAUGGAUGCUGGGAAAAUUGCCGUGUCUGGAUCGAGGAACAUGGCCUCGGUUGUGUCCGAAUCUCAACGAACCAUCAGGAUAUACGACAUGGACCCACAAGAAGAGGAAGACGAUCUGUUGGAUACGUCGCGGGAUAAUAGUAGUUUAGAUAAUAGUAAGGAAUCCAUACAAUCUUGAAUGUUCUUCAAUACGUCAAUACAAAUCAUUAUUAAUGAUGAAUAUUA